AUGCUGGACAAAGAUCGAGAAUGCCGCUUGCAUCACAGCACGCACUUGGCCGCGCGAGGGCAGCAGGCGAAGGGCCAGAUCCCGGACGCCUCGCUACGUAAACCCAAAACGAGAUUCACCGCCUUAAGGCCAGUUUUGGGUGGAUGGGAGUGGCUUGAGGGCUGUGGCGCCUGCUUUGGUAAGCGUGUUUGUUUGGCCGAAAUAAAGAAAUACGCGUAUUAUACAACAAUAACUCGCUCGAAUAGCUUUGACUCCAGGCUGUUGGGUAUCAAUGCACGUAACGUGGUUGUGGACGCGGUCGGACUUUUAAGGCCGGCCAUUCGAGCUACUAUAUCCAGCCCAGUGUCGUUGCAGAAGGCCCCGAUACGGGAAGCCUGUAGCGAUGGGGCAAUGGCAGCGUGUUCGGCGGGGCGUUCGCCGGCCCUAGUAUAA